AUGACCAGCGCCGGCGUCAACGUACCGGGCGACGACGGGGUCGGGAACCCGGCCGCCGCGUCCGGGUCCGCCUCCGCCCCAGAAUGCCGGACGAUGCAGCGCAGGCGGCGGCGCCUCGAGCCACAAGGAUCCGGCGACGCCGCCGCGGGGCCGAGCUGGGUGCGCCGGCUCCGCCCGGCCGCCUCCCGGUUCUCGCCGUCGCCGUCGCAGGGCUCUGCGGACAGGCCCAACGACGAGGAGCAGGAAGAGGAUGACCCGGACGUGCAGGAGAUGGAGCUCGUCCCGCUCCCGCCGGCGGGGCCGCAGGAGCUCCAGCCUGCCGACGUCCCCGCGCAGGUGUGGCCCGUGGCGUUCGGCUCCCUGUCCAUGGCGGGGCGGAUGCGCAUGAUGGAGGACACCAUCUCGCUCCACCCGGACCUGUGCACCUGGGCCGACGGCUCGCCCGUGCACUUCUUCGCGGUCUUCGACGGCCACGGCGGCUCCCAUGUGUCCGCGCUGUGCCGCGACCGGAUGCACGAGUUCGUGGCGGAGGAGCUGGGCAAGGAGGGGGCCGCCUUCCUUCGGCGGCGGCAGGAGUGGCUGGCGUGGGGCGACGGCGCCGGCGCCGAGACGAGCGCCGCGGCGUUCGUCAGGGGGCCCCGCGGCGCGUGGCCGGAGCGCGAGGAGGAGGAGCGCGCGUGGCGCUCGGCGCUGCGGAGGAGCUUCCGUCGCGCCGACGCGAUGGCGGCGCUGGCGUGCGCGUGCGGGCGCGUGGCGCGCCCGAGCUGCCGCUGCCCGCUUUCCAGCGUCGUCUCCGGCAUCGUCGGGUCCACGGCCGUGGUGGCGCUCCUCGUCCGCGGCCGCCUCGUCGUCGCCAACUGCGGCGACUCCCGCGCCGUGCUCUGCCGCGGGCCCGCCGGCACGCCGCCCGUCCCGCUCUCCUCCGACCACAAGCCAAACCGGCCGGACGAGAGGGCGCGGAUCGAGGCGGCCGGCGGCCUGGUGGUGUUCAACAACGGCCACCGCGUGCGUGGGAUCCUCGCCAUGUCACGCGCGCUAGGGGACAGGCUGCUGAGGCCUGAAGUGAUCGCGGAGCCGGAGAUCACCGUGACGGAGCGGACGGCGGAGGACGAGUGCAUGAUCCUGGCGACCGACGGGAUGUGGGACGUGAUCGCCAACGACGUCGCCUGCAACGUCGCCCGCCACUGCCUGGAGGACGGGAACCCGCCUCCAGCCGCCACCGCCGCCGCCGCCACCGCCGGCCGCGAGGAGGAGCCGCGGUGCGUCCGCGCCACCUCGCUCCUGGCCAGGCUCGCCAUCGGCAGGGAGACCCUGGAUAACGUCAGCAUCAUCGUCGUUGACCUCAAGCACAGGGAGUGA